UCUCUCAAAAAUGUUCAAGAGCCUGUUUGGAUUGACCUUGCAAGUCAUUUACUUACAUUUGUUUUGGGUAAUAAUCCUGAUACUUUAAACAGAUGGCUUCUCAGUGACAUCAUGGGUUUUCCCAGUCAUAACUCUCAUGUGAGUUAUCAGGAUGGUAGCCUAUAUUUUCAGAAAUUUUCAUCAAGCAUCAAUGAACAUAUCUCUCGCAAUUUCAAAGCAUUCGCUUCUAUAUUUUGUGAGAGCGUUAAUGAUGCUAUAGUAAAGGAUGUCAUUUGGGGAGUAAUUGAUUAUCUAUCCUUUAAGAAAAACCCGGAACAGAUAUCAACGUUUUUAAAAGAUUUCACUUCAUCAACGAAUUUUUUGAGUCAGUUCGUUAAUAAUUCGAAAGACAAAGACCAACGUUUCUUAUUGAAAUUAUGGAAAGGACUUUUAAAGCUGGAUCGUAAUUUGUUAAAUCAUCCGUUUUCAAAUGACUUUAAGCAAUUGUUCUUUGAUACAUACAUAUCAUUCCUGGGAAAGAAUACAGAACUUGAUUUUAAGUCUGAAGCUUUAGACAUUUUGCCAAUACUUAUUAAAUCUGAUAUGCAAAUUGAAAAGAUUGAGACAUGUAUUUCGGAUAUUUUGAAUAACCAAUUUCCUUUAUGGUCAUCAGAUUACAAGUCUGGUGGAACCAGAAAACUGAAUGAAUAUAUUUCAAUACUUGAUGGGUUGCUUAAAGCAAUGGUGCGAUCUAGUAGUGUUGGCCUUUUUAAAAUUUUAGUUCCUAUUUUUGUCCGCGAGAAUGAUCAUAUUUAUUGUGAAGAGUUUUAUCGCAAAUUGGUUGAAUUUGUUUCUAAACUUCCUCGUUCUAAAUUUGUUGAAACAUUGGAAAUAGCUUUCGGAUAUUUCAUGGAUUCAAAAUUUGCAAAUUUUCAUCGAAAUAUAAUUCAAUCAAUCUUAAGUCCUAUAUUAAUGCAAGGAACCAAGAUAUUUGUAGUGGAAUUUUACAAAAGGCAUAUUAAAGAGUUAAUUAAUAUUAUUGAACAGAAUACACAUCCAAGAACUGACUCUGAAAUAAUUUAUGAACUUGAUGCAAAAGCUGGAUCGUUUACUUUAUUACAAAUAUCCUUUAUUGAUUUUUUUAGAGGAGAAAUUGUUCAAAAUUAUUUUGAAGGGAGAAUAUCAAAGGCAAAGGAAUUGACUCGUAUUAUAAUGGACUUUGCACAUAAAAUUAAGUCAAAGAGUGAUCAUGAUGAAUAUUCAAGUGAAUCGGUUAUAGAAGCUAAAUUUCUACUCAAAUGUGCUGCAUAUAAUGCUCUUUCGGCUGCUAUUUUAUGCACGCAAGAUAAUACUGCUAAAAAUACUCCAGUGUUCUAUAAGACAUUUUUAUUUGCUGAUAAUAUUAUCAAAGGAGAAUUUGUGUGGGAGAAUAUCGUUGAUUUAAAGACAAAACAUCAUUUCAGUGCCGACUCAGAACAACCAUUUUUUAAGACUAAACUUGAUGAUUUUAGGACAAGGACGGGAGGUUUAUCUAAAGAAACAAAAAAUACCAAUAAUUUAAAAUACCUUGCAUCACAAUAUUUGGCAGAUUCUAGCAUUUCACAGAAUGCCAAUCUUGAUAGCAUGAUAGAAGAAAUUACUCAAGAAUUUGAUACAAAUGUACAAAUAGAAAAUAAUGAUCCGGCUCCAAUGGAAGUUGAUGAGCCAGAAAAGACUUUGUCAGAACCUAGGGAAUUAGAGAUUGACGCGUUUAAUCGUAAUCCUUGUAUGAAAAUGAUUAUCAGAGUAAUUGAACGACUUCACACUGAAAUUACACCACCAAACUCUUCCGAAUCGACGCCUAUAUGGAUGAAUGAUUUACAUAAAAAAUUCAUUAAGAAAGAAACACACAUCAACAUACGCCUAUUUAUUGCUAAAAUGAUUAUUAAUAUUCCUGAAGCGUUUGAGAACUAUGCUUCAAUUUGGAUUCGGCCAUUAAUCCAAUUGAUAAUUGAAGGGGAUAUGUAUGGAAAGGGAAUCAAUUAUUUUAUUCAGGACCUUUGCGCUAUAAUAAUUGUUUGGAGCUCUUUCGAAAUAUUAGGAUCUUUUGAUGAUAAAGUAUUAAUCUUCAAAUUAAUGGAUUUUUUGAUGAGAAAUACGUGUAACGAAAAUCGUGCAGUCCUUCGUAAUAAUCUUCAAUCAAUUAAGGGGAUGUUCGAAGCAUGGCCUGACAUCAUUGUUGUACCAACA